AUGACUGGACAGACUGAUGCAGACAUACCUGAGACAGGAACCAUCUUCACAUUUGGAAAGAGCAGCUUUGCAGACAAUGUACCCAGUAAAUUCUGGUUGAAGAACGACCAUCCAGUGCAUAUAUCCUGUGGUGGGGCGCACACUGCUGUCAUCACAGACAAUGGGAGGAUCCUCAUGUUUGGUGCCAACACCUGCGGCCAACUGGGACUGGGAUUUAAACGUGCAGCCAGUAAACCUGCCUCUGUGAAAGCCUUUAAGUCAGAGACGGUGAAGCUUGUAGCUUGUGGGAGAGAUCACACAAUUGUCUACACAUGGCAGGGUUGUGUGUACGGUGCUGGCAGUAACCAGGAGGGGCAGCUCGGUUUGGAUAACUGCAGCAACACAACGUCCUUCGCCCUGCUGCCUCCCUUCUGUGACCAUGCACCAGUCAGGAUGCUCUCUGCAGGGGGCAACACCUCAGCUGCCUUAACAGAGGACGGCAGGCUGUUCAUGUGGGGAGACAACUCCGUUGGUCAGCUUGGUUUAGGGGAGGAGGGAUCAGCAGCAGAGCCCAGAGAGGUGGAUGUUGGAAAGGCGGUGGUGUGGGUCUCCUGUGGAUACCACCACUCAGCAUUUGUCACAGUGGAUGGAGGUCUUUACACGUUUGGUGAAAGUGCGAAUGGACGACUUGGUCUCCAGACAGAGCAGCUGGCCAAUCACAGAGUCCCCCAGAGGGUGCAAGGGAUUCUGGGUCGUGUCAUCCAGGUGUCCUGUGGAGGGGAGCACACUGCAGCACUUACUGAGGAGAGCGUGUACACGUUCGGCAGGGGCCAGUACGGUCAGCUGGGCCAUGGAACCUUUCUGUUUGAGGUCGAUUUGCCCAAACCACUGGAGCACUUUUCUAACAACAGCAUCAGACAUGUCUCCUGUGGAGAGAACCACACUGCUGUGAUCACUGAGAAUGGGCUGCUCUAUACAUUUGGUGACAGUCGUCAUGGAAAACUGGGCUCAGGGGAGGAGCACUUCACAAACCAGUUCAGCCCAACACUUUGUAGACGUUUCCUCAAAUACAACGUUCAGUUAGUGUCCUGCGGUUGUAACCACAUGCUGGUAGUGGCUGCACCCAGACCACCAGCGAGCCAGGAGGGGGUGCCAGAGAAGGAUGUCACCAUCGAUGACAACUUGUUGCGUUUAGAAAUGUUCCUGUUAGAAACUUUGACAGAUCCAACGCCACUGGUCCCAAAGUCGGCCCUCGCUGCUCGAGCUCGCCACAGAGAGAAAGAGAGCUCUGUGGAUCUCUUUGGAGAAAUGUUCCAGAAUCUCCCACGUUUGAACUCUGACUUCCUCAACACAUCCUGGCAAACAUCCAGAAACGUCUCAACCCCCACGACACGUUCAAAGGACGUGACCACCCCUUCAUCACCCCCCAAACCCCUGUCGGACGCACAUCCAAGCCCGCCACUCUCACCUCUGUCCGAAUCUGAAAAGAAAAUAGGCCAAGCUCUCAGAAGAACAACAAAAGACGACGCUGCGUUUGCUGAGCUGUUCCAGUCCGGAGGGAAAAUAGAAAAAACUUCUCACGGGGCCUUCCCCGCCGAGCUCCUGAAAGGCUCUUUGGACAAGACAUCUCCUGUUAUCAAGGUCACAGAAGGAAAUGAAACAAGCAGCAUGUCUGUCCAAAGAGGAAGUUCAACUUUCAAGGGAAAUGCUGCAGAGGAAGACGUCAAACGUGCACCAAUCCAGAUGAAAAAAACAGACAUCAAACUGGCCCCAACGAGAGAUGUGGACAAGGUUAAAUCUGCAGCAGGGAAAGGUCAAAGUAAAAAGCUGUUAUCUGUGAAUAAAGGAAAUACACAUGUCACCACCCCUAAGAAAGCCCUGAGUGUGACGUCCACACCUGUGAAAGUCAAAGGGAAGCAACAACAGCUCAAAUCCACACCAGUCCAAAGUCAACAUGUAGAAAAUAAUGCAGUUCAAAGUAGAAGUGAAGGACACGGUGCAGAUAAAUCUGUCAAUAGCACGGAUCAGAAAAUGAAAGGUAAACCUGCAGACGAGCAGAAGUUACCUGAUGAAAAGAAAGCACAGGAAAAGCCUGUGUGGGAAAAAGGAGAGGAGAUCAAGGAUAAAGGUGAGGCAGGCACUAGGGAUAAUAAAGGGGCCAAGCUGAGGAGUAAAAAGACUGUAUCUCCACAGCAGGAUACACCUACACCUGUGGUGGGCAACACACUUUCCUCACAAACCACUCAGAGAACAGAGGAGGUUUCUGUCAGCGGUGCCAAAUUCCUGCAGGCCUUUGAACAUGCUGAUAGAGAUCUGCACUUUUCACAGAGCGAAAACAAGGAAGCGGAGGAUAAACCAAGAUGGGCACAAAUUCUCAGUGACGCAGUCGUUGUUCUGCCCGCUGCUGGGAUGGUAGGUGCAGCUGUGGAGGUCCUCGCUGAGGCAGUUACAAGUGUACAGGCGGACAUCAGCGACACAGCCAUCUCAACACCGUCCAAAGCAUCCAGUCGAGGGAAACAGUUCACAAAGCAAAGUGCGAUUAGGCAGCCUUCCUUCGCCUCCUCAUUGUCCUCUGCAGAAUCGUUAAAUCAGGAAGAAGAGAACGCAAAAAAACACUCUCGAGUCAGUGUCCCGUUAGAGUCUCAGAAUAGAGUUCAAGAAGAAGACUGCGAUGAUCGUGAUCAGUCUGAACAUGAGGCUGUGAAAAGUGACGCGACCAAGCAGACAGGGGAUGAAGACUGUUCACAAACAGAAGUACACACCUUGAAAAUGUCCCAGCAAGACCACGAAGAGGAGGAGGAUGAAGAUCAGAAAACCUCCAAGGUCUCCAGAGAAGAUGUAGGAGAGGAUGAUGAGAGUAAAAAGGGAGAAUACAGAGAAACUGAGGAUGAGGAGGAAAAGGGAGAGAGUGUAAGCAAUGUGGAUGAUGAAGAGGAAGAAGAGGAGGAGGAUAGAGGAAAAAGUAGCUGUGACAAAAAGGAUGAAGAAGAGAGCGUUUCUGGAGAGGGUGGGCAAGAGGGAGAUGAUGACUCGGAGGAAGAAGAGGUUGAAGAGGAGGAGGAGGGAAGUGAACAGUCCAAUGAAGAGGAAGGGGAAGAGGAUGAAAGUGAGGUGAGUGAGGACGAAGAAGAUGAAAGUGUUGAAGAGUCAGGGAGCACAAUUGGCAGCAAGAGUGAAGAAGAAGAAGAGAAGGAACAGAAAAAGGGAAGUGACACUGCAGAGUCUGCAGGAAGUGAUGAAGAGGAAGACGAAGAAGUAGAGGAAGAGGGUGAAACUGAAGAGCAAAAUGAUGAUCAAGAUUCCACAGAAAGUGAGGAUGAGGAGAAAGACUCAGAAGAUGAAGAGUCAGAUGAGAGCAUAGGAGAGGAGAAAGAUGAUGAGAACCAUGAAGAGGAAGAGGACGAGGAAGGAGAAGAUGAGGAAGAAGAGGAUGAAGGAGAAGAGGAGGAAGGAGAAGAGGGUCGGGAAAGAGGAAAGGCUGCAAAGGUGGCUGAGGACAACCAUGAGAGUGAAGAGGAGGAAGAAGGGGAGGAGGAAGGAGAAGAGGGCCAGGAAAGAGGAAAGGUUGCAAAGGUGGCUGAGGAAGAAAAUGAAAGUGAGGAGGAGGAAGAGGAGGAGGAAGAAGAAGAGGAGGAAGGAGAAGAGGAGGAAGGAGAAGAGGGUCGGGAAAGAGGAAAGGCUGCAAAGGUGGCUGAGGAAGAAAAUGAAAGUGAGGAGGAGGAAGAGGAGGAGGAAGGAGAAGAUGAGGAAGAAGAGGAGGAAGGAGAAGAGGGUCGGGAAAGAGGAAAACUUGCACAGGGGCCUGAGGAAGAACAUAAAAGUGAGGAGGAAGAGGAGGAGGAAGGAGAAGAUGAGGAAGAAGAGGAGGAAGGAGAAGAUGAGGAAGGAGAAGAGCAUCGGGAAAGAGGAAAAGUUGCAAAGGGGCCUGAGGAAGAAAAUAAAAGUGAGGAGGAGGAAGAGGAGGAGGAAGGAGAAGAUGAGGAAGAAGAGGAGGAAGGAGAAGAGGAGGAAGGAGAGGAGCGUCUGGAAAAAGGAAAGGUUUCAACGGUGGCCGCAGAAGAAAAUGAGAGAGAGAAGAACCCAGAGGAGAAGAAGUUCUGGAACAAUGUUCUACCACAGUAUCUGGACCUGCAGUGA